AUGCCAGUCACACGCUCCACUGAUCCCCUCGUCUGGAUCGACUGCGAAAUGACGGGCCUAGACCCCGAAAAAGAAGAAAUCAUCCAAAUCUGCUGCUUCAUCACAGACGCCCAACUCAACCUGCUGGAACCUGCAGGCUUCGAAACAGUCGUCCACGUCUCCGACUCCACCCUCGACGCAAUGUCGCCCUGGUGCAUCGACACGCACGGCCGCACGGGCCUCACCGCCGCCGUGCGCGCUUCGACCACGACGCCCGCUGCUGCGGCGGAUCAGCUCCUUGCCUACAUCCAGCGUUACGUACCCGCGCGGACGGGUCUGCUGGCGGGGAAUAGUGUUCAUGCUGAUAAGGCGUUUUUGGUGAAAGGGCCCUAUGCGAAGGUUAUGGAGCACUUGCAUUAUCGGAUUCUGGACGUGAGUACUAUUAAAGAGGCGGCUAGGAGGUGGGGGAGUGACGAGUUGUUGGAGGGGGUUCCGCCUAAGAAAGAGGUGCAUUUGGCCAGGGAUGAUAUUCUUGAGAGUAUUGCCGAGAUGCGCUUUUAUAAGGAGAAGCUGUUUGGUUGA